AUGUUCGGCAGUCAGUUCCAGACCCAACCGUUUGGCCAGUCGACGCCCGGUUACUAUCCGCACAUGACCGCCCAGCAGCAGCAGCAGCAACACCAGCAGCAGCAGCAGCAGCAGAACCAAUUUGCCUGGAUGCAAUACCAGCAAAUGCUGCAGGCACAGCAGUUUUACGGCCAACAACAGCAUCAGGCCCAAGCGCAAGCACAUGCAUCGUCGCCUGCUAGCGAAGUUGGUCCAGCCUUCGACAGUCGUCGACGCACCUCGUCUACGCCUCAACGGCCCCAGCACGUUACCUACAACGACACGUUCCGACGUGACCAGCAGCAGCACCAAGUCGGAGCUGUCCCUGCUGCCUUCCCCGUGGGCCCGUAUGCUGGUAGCGUACCCCAGCUCACUUCCAUGCGCAGUUUUAACGGUCAACCCAUGGCGGUAGGUCAAUUUGGUCAAGUUGCUUCGUCUGGCCAUUCUGCCUCGUCGUCCGUCUCGUCGGCUGGUGGCUUCCAUCCAUACCGCAGGACACAACGCGGCACCUCGGACAUUGGCACCACCAACUCACAAACGUUUCCCUCGAGCGGCGCAACUGCCACUGCCUCACCAGCUGUCGCUGCCCCUCGCAUUCGCACUGGCAGCACAGCUUCAAACGCUUCCGCGCGUGAGGCUUCGUCGCCCAUGCUUGCUGCCGAACGCAAGCGCGGCGGCUCCAUUCCUCCCUCGUCGUCUUCGCCAGGCUUUCCAAGCGCUCCUGCUGCCAAAAAUGCACCUCCCACCACUUCGUUGCAGGCUGGACUCUCGCAUUUGCGCGGUGUUCCACCACGUACGAACAGCCAGUCGUCCAUCGGGUCAGACGCCUCGUCGCGAACUGCCACCGCUGGUGCUGUUGGGUCUCCCCCCGUCCACCAUCGAUCCGACUCGUCCACCUCGAUUCAAUCCAUCAACACUUCUCAGCGUGGACAGCCUCCAAGCGUCGCUUCCUCCAAGAAGCCGUCGCCUUUGUCUCGACAGGCAGCCAAGGACGACGACGAAGAAGCCGUCUACGGCGGCAGCGAUGAUGACCGGGUCGAUGGCGGCCGCUCUACUCCCAUGCCCGGCUACGCGCCCAAAGCGUCCAAAAAGACGGGCCUAUCGAGCAAGCUGCGCAAAGCUUUGUCCUUUUCCAACAUGAACGACAUCCAGGACAACGCAGGCUAUGGCGGCUCAUCGGCCGCAGCCGCAGCACGGCGUCCGCAACACGGCGUAUUCGGCCGCGACCUCGGUGGCUUGCCCAACUCGUCUGGGGACACCAACGCCUCGACCGGCUCGACUCGCUCCACUUCACCUCCACGCACACCCGACAAUGGCGCCGCCAUUCCUGGCUCGUCGGCCGCCUCAAUCACUUCGCGACGCGGUACGCGCCCCCCGCUCUCAAACAACAACGAAGGCAAACGCAGCAUCUUCAACCGCAAGUUCAACUCUUCGACCGACAACAUCUCCAUCUCGUCCACCGUGUCGAGUGCUUCGGUCAUGCUGCGCAAGGUGGGAAACCUCGGCAAGCUCGCGCGCCGUCACUCGCUCAUGGGCCUUACCAACAUGUUCAACAAGGACAAGGAGCGCGAAGGUCGCGACGGCAUGCACGCCGACUCGUUUGGAAAUCUACCCGCCGCUUCGGAUGACUCGGCCAUCAACACCAAGUCGAAGAAAGCAUCGAAGAGCAAAAAGGGAACUCCUGCCACCGCCUCGAUCACGCAUGCCACUGUGGAGCUUGAAAGCGCCCGCGUCACCGAAGCUGGCAUGACGCCCGCUGCCUCGUACGUCCGUCAGCAUCAGCUUCAGAUGCAGGCGCAGGCCGAGGCAGAGGCGCGUGCCGCACGGGAACGCCAAGAGUCCGAGGCGAAAGCACGCGAGGCAGGCGAGAACCGCCAAAAGAUGAUCGAAAAGGAAAAGGAGAGGCUCAAAUCCAAGCGCGGCUGGCGCAAAAAGUUUAGCAGCAGCGGCGGCAGCAUUAGCUCCAUCUCUUCGGAGGCUCCUACCGGGCUCGAAAUCACGUAUGCCGAGCCGGACGAGUACGCCGAUGGGGUCGACGCCGCCCACCACCACAACGCCGAGCCGCUCGUGUCUGCUGCGCCACCGCAGCUCUCGAUGCAGUACGGCGAGGAAAGUGGGUUUGACGCCUCGUUCGACAGCGAGCUGCUCGAGCCACCCCACAUGCCCGCCGCUGGCGGCCUGGGCGGUGAAGACUCUGGCGACGAGUACGAGACUGACAGCCUGCGUCACUGGGGAGAGGGCAUCGAGCGGUCGCGUGCCAGUGCAGCUCAAUGCAAGAACUACAAGGGCAUUCUCAAAAAGACAGCUUCGACGCCAGACCUGUCGCUGAGCAGUGGAUUCGAGAAGCCCUUUGCUGGGCGUAUUCGUGCCAACUCGUACGAUGCGCCUCAGGCUUCAGCGACGUCGUCCUCGUUGCACGGCGCUGCAAGCACCAUGACGCACAUUUCGAGCAGCACUGCGGGUGUAGAGCGUCUGGACGGUUUGGGCGCCAAGACGACUGACUCGCCGGUCUCUUCUCGACCCGCUUCGCGCUCCAGCGAAGCGCCGCCGCGUUCGGUUUCGCCUGGCUCGAUCCAGCAUACGGGCGGCGUGUUGGGCCACCACUCGAAUUCGUCGAUGCCUACGCUGUCGUUGAUGAUGGAUCCCUCGGCCGACUUCUUGACGCAACGCUCGGUGACGGCGCCUAUGCAGGGCCAGAAGAAGCUGUCGUUCGCCGAAGAUCUCAUCUUCCACUCGACGUGGCCCGCUACGGUGUACGACCGACGCGGCGAGCAGGCGACGUGCAACCGACUGACGCCGCUGUUGGCGCAACGGAUCAAGGAAGAGCUCAACACGUACAAGAUGGAGGAGAUGGCUGUUGCGCCGUCGAGCCGCAUCUAUACACACUUUUUCGUCUAG